AUCCUACCGGUAAGGAAGAGACAUGUGGAGAUACUGAUAUGGACUGGGCGGUACUACAUAUACUACAUUCUAUAUAAAAACACGUCUUCACAGAGAGGGAAAACAUACAACUGAAGAUUACACAUAUGGGAUUAUGCGAAAUUAUUCAAGCCAUAUGGACACUUAGCCCAUGCGAACACCAGUACUGGGCCUGGCCUCAGUUCCUUGGAAGAGAGAAAUUGAGCAAUAAACUCUUGCAUGUUGUGUGGGAGUGUCAGUCUUUAUAAACAAGAGUGCAGGCCACUGUUAGACACACAAGUGAGUGACUACAGCAUACAGUCUCUUGAUACCUUAACUGACACAAUACUGACUCAGAAUGAUGAAGUUCAGCGCAUCCGCCUUCAUGCUUCUGAUCUGCACAUCUGCACUGCUGUCCACAACAGAGGGUAGACCUAAACCCAUGAUUUUACGCUGUCAGUGCAUUAAAACACAUUCAGAGCCAAUACCAAUUGACAAAAUACAGACAUUGAGGGUGAUUCCUGCUGGACCACACUGCAAAAAUGAGGAGAUCAUUGCCACAAUGAAGAAAGGAACGACAUGUCUUAAUCCUGCAAAAGACUGGGUGAUUUCUCUCAAAGAAAAAUUAAACAAGAAGAAUGUCAAGAGUCAACAGUGAAUGAAUAUCACUGUUCAUGAGCAACUGAAGAAACUGGUUCAACUAUUCUUAAUGUAAUAUAGGAAUAUUUUAUUUUGUCAUCUCUUUGUGAAAAACAAAGUAUUGAAUGUGAAAAUGUGUUUUCACUACCACCUGUUUUAUUAAAGAUGAACUUUACUGUAUCCGUCUUUAUAUUUUAUUCAAUUAUAUUUAUUGUUAUUGUGUCACUGAAUUAUAUGUUUUAUUAUAUGUUUGCACUAUUUCUGAAUGAAGAGUUGUAAUAAAAACCAUCAUAAUGGA